AUGGCGACCGCCGCGAGGGAGAGGCGCCUGCCGCUGGCGCUGCCCCUGGCCACACUAAUCGGCCGCGAGCUCCGCGCGGGGGGCUCCGAGCGCCCGGCCCUGCGCUACGGCCACGCCGGCUUCGCCAAGCGCGGCGAGGACUACUUCCUCGUCAAGCCCGACUGCCUCCGCGUCCCCGGGGACGCCGCAUCCGCGUUCUCGGUCUUCGCCGUACGUACCGCCCUCACUCGCCCCUCCCUCUCCGCUGCUGCUCUCUAUCUUCCUCUCUCUUGCUUCCUGCUGCGCCCUGAUCUGACGCCUCUCCGCUGCUUGGAUCUGGCGCGCCAGGUGUUCGACGGCCACAACGGCGUGUCGGCGGCGGUCUACAGCAAGGAGCAUCUGCUCGAGCACGUCAUGAGCGCGCUGCCGCCGGACAUCGGCCGCGACGACUGGCUUCAGGCGCUGCCCCGCGCGCUUGUCGCCGGUUUUGUCAAGGCCGACAUCGAUUUCCAGCGCAAGGGGGAGGUGUCUGGAACCACGGCGACACUUGUGGUCAUCGAUGGGUUCACGGUCACCGUGGCGUCGGUGGGGGACUCGCGCUGCAUCCUGGACACGCAGGGCGGCGAGUUGCAGCUGCUAACCGUGGACCACCGCCUGGAGGAGAAUGCAGAGGAGAGGGAGCGCGUCACGGCCAGCGGUGGCGAAGUAGGUCGGCUCAAUCUCUUCGGUGGCCAGGAGGUCGGUCCUCUCCGGUGCUGGCCUGGUGGCUUGUGCCUUUCGAGAUCCAUUGGGGACAUGGAUGUUGGGGAGUUCAUUGUGCCCAUUCCACAUGUCAAGCAAGUCAAGCUAUCAAACACCGGAGGAAGGCUGAUAAUAGCAUCAGAUGGCAUAUGGGAUGCGUUAUCCAAUGAAGCAGCUGCACAAGCAUGCAGAGGAUUGCCUGCAGAACUGGCAGCCAAGCUUGUCGUUAAGCAAGCUCUGAAAACAAGCGGGCUAAAGGAUGACACCACCUGUGUCGUAGUUGACGUUAUCCCAUCCGAUCAUUUGACAUCACCGCAAUUGUCUCCAAAGAAAAAUCAGAACAAGUUGAAGUCACUUUUUCGUAGAAAGUCGCAUAGUUCAGUUGGAAAACUUGGGGGCAAGUCUGCCUCCAUUGGUUCUGUGGAGGAGUUAUUUGAAGAAGGGUCUGCAAUGUUAGAAGAAAGGUUGGGUAGGAAUUUGUCCUUGAAAGCUGCUUCACCACCUUUUCGCUGUGCAAUCUGCCAAGUGGACCAAGAGCCAUUCGAAGAUUUGAUGACAGAUAAUGGAGGUGGUUACUGCUCUUCCCCAUACGCUCCAUGGGGUGCUCCAUAUCUUUGUUUGGACUGUCGGAAGAAGAAAGAUGCAAUGGAAGGUAAAAGAUCUAGCCGCUCUACAGCAUGCAGGUGA